CGCUCGGCGGCGGCGGCGGCGGGCGGUGCCGGGCCGAGCUCCGGCGGGCGGGGGCGCGGGAUGGAGGUGAUCAGGAGCAAUUUUAAGGAUAACCUAAACAAAGUGUAUGAAGCCAUUGAAGAGUCGGACUUCCUGGCCAUCGAUGGGGAGUUUUCAGGGAUCAGUGAUGGGCCUUCAGUUAGUGCAUUAACAAAUGGCUUUGACACUCCAGAAGAAAGGUAUCAGAAACUUAAAAAGCAUUCCAUGGAUUUUUUGCUCUUUCAGUUUGGCCUUUGCACUUUUAAAUAUGAUGACACAGAAGAAAAGUAUAUAAUGAAGUCAUUUAACUUCUAUAUUUUUCCAAAACCCUUUAACAGAAAUUCACCAGAUGUCAAGUUUGUCUGUCAGAGUUCAAGUAUAGAUUUUUUAGCAAACCAAGGAUUUGAUUUUAAUAAAGUUUUUCGCAACGGAAUUCCAUAUUUAAAUCAGGAAGAAGAGAGACAGCUAAGGGAACAGUAUGAUGAAAAACGGUCUCAAGCCAAUGGUGCAGGAUCUCUGUCAUACAUUUCUCCUAAUUCCACAAAGUGCCCUGUAACAAUUCCUGAAGAUCAGAAAAAAUUUGUUGAGAAAGUAAUGGAACAGAUAGAAGACUUAUUAAAGAAUGAAGAAAGUGAAAGUUUGGAACUGGAGCCAUGUACAGGAUUUCAAAGGAAAUUAAUUUAUCAGACCUUGAGCUGGAAGUAUCCGAAAGGUAUCCAUGUGGAAACGCUGGAAUCAGAUAAGAAGGAGAGAUACAUAGUUAUUAGUAAGGUAGAUGAAGAGGAACGAAGAAGAAGAGAGCAGCAGAAACAAGCAAAAGAACAGGAAGAAUUGAAUGAUGCUGUAGGAUUCUCCAGAGUUGUUCAUGCCAUUGCUAAUUCUGGCAAGCUUGUUAUUGGGCACAACAUGCUGCUGGAUGUUAUGCACACCAUACAUCAGUUCUAUUGUCCCCUACCUGAUGACCUAAGUGAGUUCAAGGAAGUAACAUCAUGUGUCUUUCCCCGGUUACUGGAUACUAAACUGAUGGCAAGUACACAACCUUUUAAGGAGAUCAUUAAUAAUACAUCACUUGCAGAACUGGAAAAGCGUUUAAAAGAGGUUCCAUUCAGCCCUCCUAAAGUUGAAAGUGCAGAAGGAUUUCCAAGUUAUGAUACAGCAUCUGAACAACUCCAUGAAGCAGGAUAUGACGCUUACAUUACUGGACUGUGCUUCAUUUCCAUGGCUAAUUUCCUGGGUUCAUUCCUCAGUCCUCCGAAAAGCCAUGUGUCUGCUAGAUCAAAACUCAUUGAACCUUUUUUUAACAAGCUGUUUCUUAUGAGAGUAAUGGACAUACCGUAUCUCAAUUUGGAAGGACCAGACUUGCAGCCAAAACGAGAUAAUGUUCUUCAUGUUACUUUUCCCAAAGAGUGGAAGACUAGUGAUCUAUACCAGCUUUUUAGUGCCUUUGGUAACAUUCAGGUUUCAUGGAUUGAUGAUACAUCAGCAUUUGUUUCAUUGAGCCAGCCAGAGCAAGUACAAAUAGCUGUAAACACCAGCCGGUAUGCUGAAAGUUAUAGGAUCCAGACAUAUGCAGAAUAUGUGGAGAAAAAACAUGAAGAAAAACAGGCCAAGAGAAAAUGUACAGAAGAUAGUUGGAAGGAGAUGGAGAGGAAGAGGUUAAAAACCCAGUGCACACCUUACGUUUCCCCGAGUCGAUACUACUGUGUUAACAGUUUUACAGGUACCAGUACAGUGGGAAAGAGAAGCAUGAGUCCUAUUGAGGAAGAAACUGGUUCUGAUGAUAUGGAAGAGGGAGAAGGCCAAGGUCCAGAAAAUGAUCAGGCAGACUCCUGUGCAGAGUCCCUUCCAGAUGGUAAGAAGAGACCCAAAAAGUUGAAAAAGAUCAAGACAGAGCAAGUUCCAGCAGGAAGCCUCACAACUAGUUCCACUGGAAUUUUUGAGGUCCCUGAAACAUGGUAGGAAACAACUGCCUUAACAAGUGGAAUUGUUUGAAAGCAGUUAAGAGAAUACACCUCUUGGAAGCCAUACUUUAUUUAAAUAAAGUGGUGUUAACAAAGCA